CCUCAGUCCUUUUGUGCCGUUGCUCCUCAAUGAGGCCGCUUCCAAAAGGCCAAUAUAACAGGAUAAAACAUUACUCUGUCCCAGCUUUUCCUUGUCCUGACCCAAGGGGUUUUCCCUUAUCUUGCUUGACAGCAUGCCGAGUUUUCUUCUAGCUGCCAUUUGCGUCUUCGCGGCGUACGCACAGUCAAUUAAUCCGUCAGCUACGACCACCGCGGCUAUAUCUCCCCCCACAAAGGGAUAUUGCUACUAUCCAAAUCAUAACUCUACCGCCGCAUAUGAUGACCGACCAUGCGAUCCAUAUGCAGAAACUAGUAUGUGCUGUCCGAAUGGGUGGACAUGCAUGAGCAACAAAUUGUGUGUGGUCACCGACGAUAGCAUUGCGAAAGCCUCUGUAGGAAGCAUUGAGAGGGGUACUUGCACAGAUCCAUCCUGGAACGAUACAAUAUGCGGAAACUUCUGCUUGAAUCAAAACGGGAACAACACCGACGGUGCCCUUAGGGCUUGCGGCAACAAUCGUUUUGUUUGCGCAGUGGAUGAAGAGGACAGCACUGGCAAUUGCGAAAAAAAUCUGAAAGUGUUUACGCUGCCUACCGGAACGGCUGUGACGAUCAUUGGCCUAGCAACAGGCACUACGUCAACGUCAAUUGUUCCUGUGUCCAGUCUGGUCAGUGGCAGCGCCUUCGCAAGCUCGGCCAGCUCGAGCUUCGCUUCGUCUCCAUCAGCGGCGCCAGCAGGUGGCAGUAACAAAUCUCACAAGACACGCGAUAUCGCCAUUGGUGCGACUAUUGGAUCUGUCUCCCUCAUCGUAUUCUUACUGCUGAUAAUCUGUCUGAUUCACAAAAAGCGAAAGAAAUCGAGGACUUCUCUCAACUCGAACCUCUCCCACGAACAUGAACGACUCCAUCAAUCGGCUUCAGCUGCGGAUGUCUAUCCGUCAAACACAAAUCCUGCGAGCAGUUCGACAACUGAGCCUGUACGUGAAUCAACGGUUCCCACACCAAUACCUGUUGCUGUAGAAGAAAAGGUCCCCGAACCUAAACACCAUAUCCUCUACAAUGAUAACGAAGAUGAGAUUGCCAACGGCAUAGGGAAUCCCACAACAGCUCUGACGGCUCCCCAGACUGGACCAGCACGAAACGCAAGUGCGCUCGAUGUUACAGAUCGAGAGCUGGCGGGUAUCAAAGGCAGAGCUUUCAUUGAAGAGGAGCCGCUUACAAGUAGUGAACGGCCCGAUGCAGUUGACAUUAGCACAUUUGAUGGGAGUCGUUCCAGUUUGCUCCAUCCUGGAAAAGCCACUCCAUCAAGCUGAACUGGUCAUAGCAGCGAGCAUGAUCACUCAUAAGCCGAAACUGUCACUCAGAGACUAAUUUUCUUUCUGUUUUGUCGUUGUCGAAAGUCCCGUGGCUUUGGAGGGUGGACUUCAACGUCAGAAGAAACUACACUCGUCGAUACUUCUGUCCGAAUUUGCGAACGAAUUGCGCUAAGUGUGUGAUCACAAUUCAUCUUCACGUCAACAGUUCUUGCGUAUAUCUUUACGUUCUUUGUGUAUUCCAUUUGGAAGAAUUCAUUGCGCCACUGGGGGCUACUUGAACUCACAAGAUUGGCCUCGGUAUGGACUGUUGAUGAGAUUCAAAUAUCUGCAUCUUGUUCAAUUACACGAAUGUUGAGAACUAUAACAAGCAUUAAGAAUCUUUGCACGAUAUCAGAGACGUUUUGAAACUCAAUAAAUAUGG